GCGGAAGUGGUCGCUCUUCGCUGCGGACACGGUGCAGCUGAGCUCCGGGUUGUUUUCACUGAUCCGGGAGCGGAGACCGUCUCGUUCACCGUCAACGCGUCGAGGGGGGGAGGCGGACAUGGAGCCUCUGGCCGCGGGAGACGUCAAAGUGCCGGUGCUACACAUCGUGGUGGUGGGGUUCCACCACAAGAGAGGCUGUCAGGUGGAGUUCUCGUACCCUCCUCUGCUGCCGGACGAGGGUCACGACAGUAACCUGACGCCCGAGGAGUGGAGGUACCUGCCGUUCCUCGCUCUGCCUGACGGGGCGCACAACUACCAGGAAGACACUGUGUAUUUCCACCUGCCGCCGCUGUCUGGAGACAUGAAGUGUGUGUACGGAGUUUCCUGUUAUCGGCAAAUAGAAGCAAAGGCCCUGAAGGUGCGGCAGGCGGACGUCACCAGAGAGACGGUUCAGAAGAGCGUGUGCGUCCUCAGUCGAGUGCCGCUCUACGGCCUCCUCCAGGCGAAGCUGCAGCUCAUCACUCACGCCUACUUCGAGGAGAAGGACUUCUCACAGAUCUCCAUUCUGCAGGAACUCUACGACCACAUGAACGGCUCCUUGAGGGGUUCCACUCUGGAGGGCUCGCAGGUCUAUUUAGGGUUAUCGCCCAGAGAUCUGAUCCUGCACUUUCAACACAAGGCUGUCAUCCUCUUCAAACUCAUUCUGCUGGAGAAGAAGGUUCUGUUCUACGUGUCUCCGGUCAACAGACUCGUUGGAGCUCUCAUGACGGUUUUAUCGCUGUUUCCAGGGAUGAUCGAGCACGGCCUGGUGGACUCGUCCCACUACAGACCCAGGAGCAGCGUGUCGGAGGACCUGAGCCUGGUGGACAGCUUCUCCGGAGCCGAGGAGUUCGUCUCCGUGUCCGUCACCGACAUCGCCAGCGCGGCCCUGGAGCUGGUGGGGGAGGACGCCGGCCAGCGAGCCCCCGAGUCUCUGUCCUCCGGGACCAGCACAGAGGGGGACAACCACCUCCUCAAGCCCCCGUCACACACCUCGCCCGACUCCUCGGAGAGCGACUGGGAGACCCUGGACCCGAGCGUGUUAGAGGAGGCUGGCGCCAAAGAGGCCACCGAGGGGAAGGAGACGGGGUCAGAGCUGCCAGACGCAUUCGACUCCCACCCGGGGACGCCCAUCACGGUGCAGCCGCAGGCGGUCACCGGGCAGGGGGGGGUCACCCAGGGCCUGGUGUCCGGUCUGGAGGAGGACCAGUACGGCCUGCCACUCGCCGUCUUCACCAAGGGCUACCUGUGUCUGCCCUACAUGGCGCUGCAGCAGCACCACCUCCUGUCAGACGUGACGGUGCGGGGCUUCGUGGCCGGGGCCACCAACAUCCUCUUCCGGCAGCAGCGGCACCUGAGUGACGCCAUCGUGGACGUGGAGGAAGCUCGGAUCCACAUCCAGGACCCGGAGCUCCGCAAGGUCCUGAGUCUCACCACGGCCGACCUGCGCUUCGCCGACUACCUCGUCAAGCACGUGACGGAGAACCGGGACGACGUCUUCCUGGACGGGACCGGCUGGGAGGGCGGGGACGAGUGGAUCCGAGCCCAGUUCACGCUCUACCUGCACUCACUACUGUCGUCUGCAAUACAGCAAGACAACGAGCGGCUGCUGGCGGAUUACGGAGCUCCCUUCGUGGCAGCGUGGAAGAUCAGCCACAACUACCGGGUGUGGUACAGCAACAAGCACCCGGCCAUGACCGCCAUCACCCCCGGUCACCCGUUCCAGGGUCAGUACAGCGUCACAGACAUGAAGCUCCGCCUCUCACACUCGGUGCAGAACAGCGAGCGAGGGAAGAAGAUCGGGAACGCCAUGAUGACCACCAGCCGCAGCGUGGUGCAGACGGGCAAGGCCGUGGGUCAGUCAGUGGGCGGAGCUUUGACCAGCGCCAAGUCGGCCAUGUCCUCCUGGUUCUCCACGCUGGCCCCCCCCGCAGCUGUAACGCCCCCGGCCUCCCCUGAGGCCGCCGUGGAGGUGGAGCCGUGAAGACCCGCCCCCUCAGUGACUGUCCCCCCCCCCCCCCCCCCGUCGUCCUCUGACCUUCUGGCCCCUGAGACGCCGGAGGGUCAUCGGUCUGAGAGCUGGUUCCAGGAAGUCGCUCCUCUGAUGGAUGUUCUGGGCUCCUCCCUUCGUAUUCACCAGACACGACUCUGGGCAUGAAGGCAUCACUGCCACUACACAAACUGUACACACACAUCCACUGUGAGGCAGAGGCCCCCCCCCCCCGCUUCCGACCAAAAACCAGAGGUUCCAGCCGUUUGCCUCCCGACCGACCUCGUGUGUCUCAGCUGAACCAGCUCCUGACGCUGAACAUGUUGUUGUUGGGUUUUUGAGGUUUUUGCUGCUUUUUGUCUCGAGAGUUUGUUUCUAUUGUCGUGUUCACGUGAAUCUGUGUCCCAGGAUCUGAGCUGAAGAUUUUAACAGUUUAGAUUUUACAGUCUGACGUCCCUGUAAUAACAUUCUGCUUGUUUCUGCAACACGUGUCAGGUUUACUCAUGUAGAUAAACAUGGAAACACUAUUAUUAUUAUUAUUCUAUAAAAUGUCCAUCUGCGUCUGAGGUGUCGGUAAAAAUAAAAUAACAAAUAAGUAACAAAGUCAAACUGUAAAUUGAAAUCCUUAUAAAUAUUAAUUUCCCAGGUUAGAUAAACUGGUUUUGAUGACAAGAGCCCUUAACUGGUGUGCUCUAGAAACACAUGGUUAACUUCCUUAAGAGUGACAAUUACAGAGAUAGGAAAAUUAAUCACGUUAAAAAAUCAAAUGAGCCAGUGAUAAAUAGUAAAUUUAAAUAAAUUAGGUUUUAUUAAUAUCAAAUCAUUGUUAUUCAUCCUCCAAAAAUCCAAACCAAGAAAAUACUAUUUGCCUUAUUUGCUUUUACAAUAUUGUGAAUCUAUGUACUUUAAUGUAUUUUCUCCAGAUUACAGAUAAUUCUCUGAUUUCUCACAUCAGGAAACAAAGUUUGGCUUUUUUCUUUAAAUUAACUUAUCAUUCAAAUAAAUACUUCAUCUCGAUCCAUGUUGUUUGUACACAAACACAAACAAUAUGAGAUUUUGCGACACGAUCUGAACGUUGUUACCGAAACAAUCACGAUGUUAUUUGGUGAAUCCUCGUGAACCCGACUCUCCAGUUCGUUCCCUGAUGAAUUCUCCCUCGUUCACUAUGAAGGAACCCCCCCGUUCCCCCUUUUCUACUGUACCCUCACGUUAUAUACAUAUCUAUAUAGAUAUAUAUUGGGAGAACUAUAUUGAAUAUUUGCAGAUCGUAAAAACGUAUUUAUUUGUCAUGUAUGAACGUAUCUCAUAAAUAUUCCAUGUUUUGUCAGGACAACACUGGAACGCGUCCCGACUGUGUGUAAACGCAGCCGCUCCUUGUGUUCCUGUGAAUCCUGUAGAAGUGUAACUGCCGACACUCGGUUGUGUUGACGUGUCGUGGUCCAGCGAGCAUGUGUCACCGCUGUGAUCUGUCAUCCUGCUUCUUUGAGAAAUGUUUUUAAAUGGUCGAUCUCUUCACUUUCUUUUCUCUUCACACUUUUAAGAAUCUUCUUCGGCCACUGACUCGUUUCUGGAAUUUGAUUCUGGUUUAAGUUUUGAGAAAUUAUCCGGGUUUUUUUUUUUUUUUUACCCUCUGAUGAUAUAUUUUUCUUUUUGUAUUUAAAAAAAAAGAUUUGAAUGUAUUUUUAUUGACAGAUGCUUUUAAUGUAUUUGGGAAAGAAAGUGAAACUAUAUUAUAUUGCUGUAUUAAAAAAAAGAAUUAAAGAGCCGCAGCCUUUUA